AUGAUGAACCAAACCGCUGCCCUACUUGGUGUCACUAUGGAAGAAAUGGCAACUCUUAAACAAGCCUUUCAAUUAUAUGAUCCAAAAGGCCUCGGAGGUAUUCCUCUCGACCGUUUCGCUCAGGUCCUCAAAGCUCUCGGAAUCGCAACCGAUCCUGUCCAGAUCCAGGCAAUCAUCAGAGCAGCAGACGCUAAUGGCGACAAUCUCAUCGACUUUGACGAAUUCGUCCAGGCCAUGGCAGAACACAUUCCCCCAACCCCACCUCUGGAGUCUGAAAACGAAGAAGACGACGAUGAAGAAGAAAGAGAAAGAGGAGGAUAUUUUAGAGCUUCAAAUCAUCGGGCAAUCAGAAAAUCUGUCUUCCACGAUCAGGACGAUCUUGUGCUCUGCUUCCAACAAUUUGAUAAGAAUAAGGAUGGUCUGAUCAGUCGCCAGGAAUUAGAACAGGUUAUGGCUGAUUUAGGAGAGCGUAUGAGUCCCCAGGAAAUCAAGGACAUGAUGGAUGAGGCAGACACAAACAAGGACGGAUUUAUUGAUUUUGAAGAAUUUAAGCAUCUUUUACCACCCCUUUAG